AUGUCGCGGUCGCCGCUGCUAGCGCCCUCCACGCCGAAGGCCUCGGUGACGCCGAAGACGUCGAAGACUCCGAAGACACCGAAGACGCCGAAGACACCGAGGACGCCGAUGACGCCGAUGACGCCAAUGACGCCGAAGACGCCGAAGACGCCGAGAACGCCGAGGACGCCUAUGCAGUACAUCACGCCGCUGGCCAGCCCGAUGAGGAAAGCGGCAGCGACGGUGAGGGACUACCUCGAGGACGUCGGCCACCUCACCAGACUCGACCCGCAGGACGCCUGGCUUCCCAUCACGGAGUCGAGGAGCGGCAACGCCUUCUACGCCGCAUUCCACACUCUCUGCGCUGGGAUCGGUUUCCAGGCGCUUCUUCUCCCCGUUGCCUUCUCCUUCCUCGGCUGGUAAGACAAGAAGAACCCGCCGAGGAUUACCCUUCCUCCUCCCAUUUCCGUUCAUGACGCCUAAGAGAACUUUUUCUCGCUUGUGCAGGGUGUGGGGUAUCUUGGGCCUCUCGCUUGGCUUCAUGUGGCAGUUGUACGCGCUCUGGAUACUCACCCAACUUCAUGAAUCUGAGUCUGGAGUCCGCUACAGCAGAUACCUCCAACUCUCCUUGAAGGCUUUCGGUGAGACCUCUCUCCCUCCCUCUCUCUCUCUCUCUGUGACCGUGACCAUGGCAUGGUUAAAUAGGAGAACUGAUCGACUCCGCCGUGCAGGGGAGAAGCUUGGAAACGCCCUGGUUCAGUUUCCCACCAUGUACCUCUCGGCUGGCAUCUGCACGGCCCUCAUCAUCAUCGGCGGCGGAAGCAUGAAGCUCUUCUACGAAAUCGUCUGCGGACCCGAGUGCCGGUCCAAGCCACUGACAGCCAUCGAGUGGUACCUGGUAUUUACCUGCGCGGCCGUCCUGAUCUCCCAGCUCCCCAACCUCAACUCCAUAGCCGGAGUCUCUCUCGUCGGCUCGAUCACCGCCGUUGCCUACUGCACCAUCCUGUGGGUUCUCUCCUUAGCCAAGGGGAGGCCAGAGGGCGUAUCCUACACCACCGUGGAGGGCAAAUCGGAGGUGGAGAGCGUCCUGGGGGUCCUGAACGGGAUCGGAAUCAUCGCCUUUGCUUUCAGAGGCCAUAACCUCGUUCUGGAGAUCCAGGUAACGUGAGAGGAUGAAUUGGAAACCUUCAUCAAGCAUGUACGAUCUUUUCUGGGGUCUUCUCAGCUGAUUCGAUCCGGUCUGCUGCAGGCGACGAUGCCAUCAACCGAAAAGCACCCCUCUCGCGUCCCUAUGUGGAAAGGCGUGAGGAUUGCCAGCGCCGUCAUCGCCGGGUGCCUCUUCCCCGUUGCCAUCGCCGGUUACUGGGCAUACGGCAAUCUGGUAAGCAUGCACCCGCUAUUUCCUGGGGUUGGCCAUUUCUAGUAAACUACUACUAUCAAAACUUAACCUCCCGAAGAGAAAGAAAAAUAGUACCAGUCGAUUGCUUUGGUGAUCCGUUCAUAUGUGAUUAUACAUUUGAAAUCCUGCGUGUUUUCCGUCGGCGUUGACCGUGCGAUAUAGUCAGUCGAAGGUUCACUUCGCGUGCGUAAACGUGUGGAGCGAACUAAGGAGCAAAUAUUUCCAGUCGCCAUCCCCCCUGAUAAUCAGUUUCGAGUAUGAUCAUCUGAUACGGUUCACAAAAUCUAACCCUCCGCCGUGCUAUUGCAGAUACCACCCAACGGGAUUCUCAGUGCGAUGUACAGGUUCCACGGCGCGGAGACCUCAAAGCGCGUGCUGGGGUUGACGGCGAUGCUCGUCGUGGUCAACUGCCUCUGCGCCUUCCAGAUCUACGGGAUGCCGAUGUUCGACAUAAUGGAGGCGGGCUACACGAAAAAGAAGAACAAGCCCUGCCCGAAGUGGCUCCGAUCGGCCAUGCGCGUCCUCUUCGGGGCCAUCGCCUUCCUCAUCGGCGUGGCCUUCCCGUUCCUCUCCGACAUGGCCAGCCUCGUCGGUGGCGUGGCGCUGCCGGUGACGUUGUCGUACCCGUGCUUCAUGUGGCUGAGCAUCAAGAAGCCCAAGAGGUACAGCCUGAUGUGGGGUAUCAACAUGGUCCUGGGGGUGCUGGGCAUGGCCCUGAGCAUCCUGCUGGUCAUCGCCGGCGUGUGGAGCAUCGUCAUCAAGGGCCUCAAGUUUCGGUUCUUUAAACCUUCUUGA